AUACGCGCUACGUCGUAGCGCAGGCAUUUUGUAGUACUUUAACAAAACUUGUAUAAUCUUAAUAUAUACUUUCGUUACAGUGCAUAUGUGGUUAUAAAUUUAUUAAAAUUUUGUGCUCAGUAGAUAGACAGUUCACUUAUUAAUAAGCAAUGUAUUCAGCAAAUAAAAGUGUAGUUUUAAGAUUAGCUAUCUUUUUUCUUACAACACAAGGUGUACUAUGUCUACGAAAUGCACACAUGAUAAUACCAGAAGCCGUGGAGAGGGGAAAAACUGCAGUUAUUAAAUGUAUAUUUGAGCUUGAAAAUGAAGAUUUAUAUCAAGUUAAAUGGUAUCGAAACGAUGAGGAGUUUUGUAGAUAUGCACCGAGAGACGUACCUCCUUUGAAGGUCUUCCCCGUGCAUGGAAUAGAAGUUGUUCAGGAGGAGAGCGAUGUUGAGACACUGACAAUAAAAGCGACAAAAGAAGCACGCGGCCUAUACACGUGUGAAGUAUCAGCUGACGCCCCAUCCUUUUUUACGUUGCAAGUUCACGGCACUCUAAAUAUAGUGGACCUCCCCAAGUCGGAUCCAGAGUUAAACGGCUUGAAACGUUACUAUCGCCCUGGGAUGAAGUUAAAAGCAGAAUGCAUAAGUUAUGACUCCAUGCCAGCAGCUAAUCUCACGUUUUACAUCAACAAUGAGCAGGCAAUUUCACAUCACGUGUGGAGUAGGGUGGGUAGCGGUGAAAACGGAGACCUUUGGACUGCGUACAGUACAAUGCAAUACGUGGUACAAAAGCAUCACUUUGUUAGAGGCAAAAUAAAGAUCCGGUGUUCGGCGGCGAUAUAUUCGAUAUACUUCAGAAGUCACGAGAGGGUGGUUGAAGAAGAAGGUGCGAUAAAUACCAUCGCCCCUCUCCCUGAGACAAAGGAAGCUAUCGUCUUCCCCAUAAAUCGCAUAUCUUUUAAAAAUGGAUCCGUAAAUGGAGGGAUGUCAUAUAGCACGGAGUACCGAGAAGUAGGCAUAUUACUGAUCUUCACAUAUGUCAUCAAAUAAAUUAUAGAUACGAAUAAAAAUUGUAGCUAGGCACCAACUAUCUGAUCACAAUAUACAACAUAAUGAGCUUAAAAACUCCUUUUAUAAGAAAUUCUGGGAAUAAACAGCCGGUGGUAAAUGAAUUCCUUUGUAAAAAACUAAGUUAAAACGUAGAUAAAAUUACGUUGUAUAGGAAAUAUAAAGUGAGGACUAUAUAUAUUUUUUGUGUGCUGCCCGUUUUUUUACUUUGAAAGACAUUUUUCGUGAAAAUUUAUUAAAACAUCUGUUUGAAAAAAUGAUAAAUAAAUCCCUGUUAAUCUGCAUAAUAAACAGCGUGUUAACUUAAUACAAUAUCAUUUAAUAAACGCCGCGUAAAGUUUUAGGUUUUUGGUCUUUACCUAUUUUGCUUUUAUAGAGCAAAAAGUAUAUUUUUACAUAAAAAUAUAAUUUUGGGAAGCAUGAGGUCAGCCGCUAAAGCUACCGUUUUAGUUUUUAUUUGUUUAAGCAUUGAGAACCCUAAAACUUUUAAGAUUUUAAAACAUAACAUACAAACAUAAAAUAUUUAUUUUUUAACAGUACGUUAAGCCAAAUUCAACAAAACAAUGAAUGCGACCCUCAUUAUUCAAGAGUAUUUAAGCAUCUAUUUCACGCACACUUAAAACUGCAUUAAGCUAUUAAUCACAACCACCAUUAACGCAAACAUAGAAUUGGGCCCUCAGUUGCAUGUACUGGCAUUUGGCAGUUUUCCCACGACACUAUCCGAUUCACACCAGAGACGAUUUUGGCAAAACGUUUUAAAAACUCGGAUGGGAAAAAAACUUUUAUUGCAUGUAAUCAAAAUUACAACUUAAAAUUAAACUAACAAUGAAUAGUUUCAGUAUCUACGAUACGUUUACAGUUUUAUUCGAAGCACUGCUAUUUAAUUUUAAUAUUAUACCAAGCGUUUGAUUUAAAUUAAAUUCUUCGCAUUGUUAUUAAUAUUUGAUUCGUAGGUGGAAUGGGGAAUAUUAUGGAAACAAAACUCUGAUUAAUACGUGAAAUUAUUAUUUUUUUGGGGAAAUCUUGAAAAUUUAUUUAUCUGAUAGCAUUAAAAUCGUAGUAGGAAUUCUUUAUUACUAAUUAUUGUUUAUAUGUCUAAGAGAACACAUUUUCCAUUACAGUCAUAUUUACUUAUAUUUAAUAAUUGCGUAAUAUUUAUAUUUACUGAAAUAUUUAGGAACUGAAAUGGUAUAUUGCCUUACAUAAGCAUUAAUAAUCCAUAUAUUAUCCCCAACCUACAUUUGUCAUUAUCGUGAUUUUACUUUCAUGAAACAUAGUGGCUGAAGCGUACCGUUAUGAUUUAUUUUACAGACGCAUUUUGUAUUAAUCAGCUGUUUAAGUCGGAACAACAGAAAUUAUGCUCUAGUAAUUGCUAGCAACCGUAAUCUCAAAAUCGAUCUCCAGGACAUUAAUUAUUCAACGUGUGUCAAAAUCACUUUCGAUUUCUCACUAUCAUGGAACGACAAAUUUUAAAAAAUAUACAUUGUAUUUUCAGUUGUUAUUUUCACUACACUUCUAAAAAUAUCUAAUGAAAAUAAAAACUUAAUUUCAAGGCAUACCAGCUAUAUACAUAAACAUUAUUAAAGACAUAUAUAAGAAGAGUCCCAGUAAAGUAAAAGUAGACAGAUUUGGACCAAAAUUUUGUAUUAAAAAAGAAGUAACAUAAGGAGUGAUGGAAGAUCUUAACACUGCCAGCAAAUAAUAGGACUAUAAAUACUUCAAAAACAAAAGUUACAACAAAUAACAACAUUUACCCUAUUAUGCUUAAAGGAAAAGCCAUCGAGUAUGCAGACAGCUAUACUUAUCUUAGUAAACCAGAUUUAUUUAGAAAAUAAUGACACGACAAAGAACUGGAGCUUAAAAGAAAUCCCCAAAGGUAAGCUCCCACUGACACUAAAGAAAAAGGUGGUGGAUUCCCGCUUGCUGCCUUUUUAUACAUGUGUAGCACAAACUUGGGUUUGGAACUUGGAAACUUGGAUCAAAAACAAAACAAAAGCCCAGAUAUGAUCGUUCCAGCGUGAGUUAUUGGGAGUAUUCCCGGAAUUCAAUUACGCGACAAAUAUAAAAGUGAAAUUAUUCGCAAAAAUAAUUGAUGCUAAGCGACAUGCCCUAAAACUUAAAUGGAGAUUGGCAGACCAAGUAGUCCGUUAUACAGAUGACAAAUGUAAUGUAAUGUAUGGCCCAUUUUAGGGUUGCCAUUAUAGUUUUGAUGUUAGUGUCUAGUUGUGGAUGAUAUAUAUGGAUCUUACAUGGAAAGUGCAUAAUUUUAAAUGUUGUGACAUGGAGCGCCUUUUUUAUUUUAAUUAUUGUCCGUUUUUCACUUUCAUAUGAAAUGAAGGGUGAGGGUCGCUUUUAGGACGGGGACCAGAUGAAUAGAAAAGUAUUUUUUUAAUACAGUUGUUCAAAAUGUGGUUUAUUUCAGGGACGUAUAGCGUUCGAGAUGUGGGCUAUUACACACUCGUGAUUUUUCUUUACCCUUUACAACAAAAGCAUUGUAGAAGUUUUUAUAAGAAUUCAGAUUUUUCGCGACACUUAUUGAAAAAGGUGAUACUUUAGCUUGGGGUUGUGAUCAGAUAGUAUAUACUAUAUACUCAUACCUGUUGAACUGAAAUAAAUGUAAAAAAAAUCAAAUUUCUAUGACUGAAAAAUUCUUCUCUAUAUUUGGAUCGUUGAAGCCUACGUAGUUGUGCCA